GAAUGCACAGGCCAUGUCCUCUGUCCCCACGCUGCCACUCUGGAGGUGCCAGCCCCUGCUGUGCCCCGCUGGGAGCCUUAUCCGAUGUCUGCCCAGGGAGGAAGUGGUUAAAAUAACCGGAUUUCCUGGGUGUGAUGCUGGAAGGGAAGGCGACCUGCAGAAGUGAUUGGAGGAAAGGUGACCUGCAGAAUUGCUUUGCAAGGCAUGUUCUGGUGUCGGGAAAGUCCUGGGUGAGACUGAACUUGAAAUCCAGCUAGAACUCGGUCUUUCCAGCCAAUAUUUAAGAGCUUAAGUAACUCCUUUUUCCGCACACCCCCAGCCCUCUCCUCCUGAGGGCAGCCGAUUUAUUCAUGGCACCCUUGUCCCACUGCAGGGGUGGCCGCCACCUUCCGUGUGCCACGAUAACACUCAGGAGCCAGAGGGCAAAGAGCGGUGGUUCAAAGGUACCUGCUGCAUGGAGAAAGCCACUUACUGCUGCAGCCCUCCCCAUCCCCUCUCCUGACGCCACCGUGGAGGGUGACACCACGGCUCUCUGGUUGCAGUGGGAGGGUGACACCGUGGUUCUCUGGGUGCAGCAUCCAGGGACGGUUCCAUCAGCUGCUGCCACAAAGUGCCAAUUUUGUCAGUGUCAUCGCCACCCAACAGCACCUGCAGCUGGGAAACCCGGCACUGAGACACCAGCCUUCUGGGUGACACGGGAUGAGUGUGCCGGCCAACGAGCUGGGCAACCCAGCCCAUGCCAUCUUUGAGAGGUUCCUGCGUGCCGGGGAGUGCCGAGAGGUGCUGGGCUGCUUCGUAGAGCUGCGUCAGCAGCUUGGGCUGCAGGGCAGCGGGCUACAGCUAUACCACGGCCUCAAGGCUGCCCUCAACUACUGGAAUGCCAAGGCCCUGUGGAGCAAGCUGGAUAAGAAAGCUGGGCACAAGGACUAUGACCAAGGCACAGCCUGUGCUGGCACCAAGUGCCUGGUGGUGGGCGCUGGCCCCUGCGGGCUGCGGGAGGCCAUUGAGCUGGCGCUGCUGGGUGCCCGCGUGGUGCUGCUGGAGAAACGCGACUCCUUCUCCCGCAACAACGUCCUGCACCUCUGGCCCUUCACCAUCCAUGACCUGCGGGCGCUGGGUGCCAAGAAGUUCUACGGGCGCUUUUGCACUGGCACACUGGACCAUAUCAGUAUCCGACAGCUCCAGCUGAUCCUGCUGAAGGUGGCUUUGCUCCUGGGGGUGGAGGUGCACAUCAAUGUGAGGUUCGAGGGCCUUGCUCCCCCCACGGGCAAGGCAGGUGGCUGGCAUGCUGUGCUGCAGCCCAGUUCCUCUCCCCUCACCCACUAUGAAUUCGACGUCCUCAUCUCAGCUGGCGGUGGCAAAUUUGUCCCUGAAGGGUUCAAGCGGAAGGAGACGCGUGGGAAGUUGGCCAUUGGCAUCACCACCAACUUCAUCAACCGCCACAGCCGGGCUGAGGUGGAGGUGGCUGAGAUCAGUGGUGUGGCCCGAAUCUACAACCAGAAGUUCUUCCAGAACCUGUACAACAAAACGGGCAUUGACCUGGAAAACAUAGUGUACUACAAGGAUGACACUCACUAUUUCGUCAUGACGGCCAAGAAGCAGAGCCUGCUCAAGAAAGGGGUCAUCCUCCAGGACAAAGCAGACAUUGAGAGCCUCCUGUCCCCAGAGAAUGUGAACCGGGACGCCCUCCUUAGCUAUGCCAAAGAAGCUGCCAACUUCUCCACCAACUACUGCCUGCCCGAGCUGGAGUUUGCUCUCAACCAUCGGGACCUGCCGGAUGUUGACAUGUUUGACUUCACCUGCAUGACACGUUCGGAGAAUGCAGCGCUGGUGCGGGAGCACAACGGGAGCCGUCUGCUCAUGGGGCUGGUGGGCGACUGCUUGGUGGAGCCCUUCUGGCCGCUGGGCACCGGGGUGGCCAGGGGCUUCCUUGCUGCCUUCGACGCAGCAUGGAUGGUGCGGCGGUGGGCGGCUGGGACACCCCCGCUGGAGGUGCUGGCUGAAAGGGAGAGCAUCUACCAGCACCUUUCUCAGACAUCCCCCGACAACACCAACAAGAACAUCAGUCAGUACAGCAUUGACCCGGCCACGCGCUACUCCAAUAUCAACCUGCAGGCCAUCAAAGCCAGCCAGGUCAAGGACCUUUACCUCGUGGGUAUGGCGGAGGUGGACCACAAGAGCAAGAGUGACAACCGGCUCAGCAUUGCAGCCCCUGGAGCUGUCUGUGAAGAGCUGCUGAGCUGGUGCCAGGCCAGCACUGCUGGAUACCCUGGCGUGGCCGUGACCAACUUCAGCACCUCCUGGACCAGUGGCUUGGCCCUCUGCGCCCUCAUCCACCGCUUCCGUCCAGACCUGGUGGACUUUGACUCUGUGGAUCCCCAGGAUGCCAUUCAGACCCACCAGGUUAUGCUGGACAUAGCAGAGCAGGAGCUGGGCAUCCAGCCUGUCCUCUCCAGUGCUGAGAUGGCCACCAUGACAGGGCCUGACCAUCUGGACCUCAUCACCUACCUCAGCCACUUCUAUCAAGUUUUCAGGAGCUCUCCAGAGGUGGAGGUCAGCAAGAAGCCACUGUCUCCCCAUCACACUCGAGGGGCUAUCCUCUUCCUCAGCAAGCUGCAGAAGAGCCGGAACCUGGCACACAAACGUGCCCAGAACAAUGCCCAGAAGGACACUGAGGCCAAGAGGAGCUGCAGGGACGCUGAGCAGGACACGGGGCUGGAUGGAGACACUCCGGACAGUGCCCACGAGGUGCCACAAACCAGCGUGAUGGACUCAGGGCAGCCUCCGAGGGAGAGGACAGGGGAGAACAGUGAUGCCUGCUACAUCUGUGGCCGCCGUGUCUACAUCCUGGAGCGAGCCAGCGCCGAGGGACGCUUCUUCCACCGCGGCUGCUUCCAGUGCCAGCGCUGCGGGGCCACCCUGCGCCUGGGUGACUAUGCCUUCAACGAGGAGGAUGGUCAUUUUUACUGCUCGCUGCACUACCCCAAUCCACCCAGCACAGACCUGCCCCGGGAUGAGGCUUCAGCACUGCUUGAUGGGGAUGUUGAUGCUGCUGCCCACCCACCCUCAGAUGCUGGAUGCUCAUGUGUGUCCCCCAUGGAGUGGGCACCCAGUCCACUUCAGCCCACUCCAGCAGCCCCACAGGCAGGGGAAGAGCCUGGGGAAAUUGAGGACACUGCAGAUGUUGGUGACAUGGAGGAGCAGGAGCUGCUGGCACAGCCUGGGGGGGAUGUGAGGGAAGAGGAGGUUCCCAGAGUGGAGCCCCAAGAGGCAGCAGAGGAGGGUGAGGAGAGUGGGGGCAGGAGGAAGAUCAUCCUUACACCACUGGAGAAGCUCAGUCUAUCCACGCUGAACCUCACUGGUGAAGCAGAGCCCGAGCCUCCACUGAAGCCAGAUCGUCUGCAUCUCCAAGCAGCACCUGAGGCCCUCCCUGCCCUGUGGCAAGGACAAGGCGUCAGGAAGGAGGAGGAGGAGAAAACUGACAUGGAGAAAGAUUUGGAAGAGAGUGACAGUGAGGAGGAGGAGAAAGAGGAGGAGGAAGGCACAGGUCUUGGCAUUAUGAAAGAGCUGUACCCAGACCCCAGGGAAGAGGAGAAAUACCCCACCUGGAAGCGCACAUUGGCCCGCCGGGCCAGGGAAUCCCAGAUGAAGAGGUUCUGCAGAGCCCAGGCCAUCCAGAGGCGGCUGGAGGAGAUUGAGGUGACUUUCCGGGAACUGGAGCAGCAGGGCAUCAAGUUGGAGAAGUUACUCCGGGAUGAGAAUGAGAGCCCGGCUGACCAGCAGACACAGUGGACAAACCAGCUGCUGUAUCUGGUCCAGAAGAAGAACAAUCUGAUGACCGAGGAGUCGGACCUCAUGAUUGCGGUGCAGGAACUGAAGCUGGAGGAGCAGCAGUGCCAGCUUGACGAGAAGCUCCGGAGUUACAUGAACAAGGAGGAUACCCUGAAGACAGCUGAGGAUGAGAAAGCUGAGCAGGAGAUCCUGAAGCAGCUGGUGGAGGUGGUGAAUAAGCGGAACGUCCUCAUCCAGUUGCAGGAGGAGAAGCGGCUCAGCGAGCUGCGGGCUUGAUCCACAUAGCCCCAGAGCCAGCGGAUCCUCCCCGGGGGACAAGCAGAGUGUGUGUGUGUGAGUCUUGGGCUGAACCUUACUCUGAGCUACCUCUGGAGGUGGUGAUGCCCCAGCUGCCCACAGCUGCCUGCUGCUGCCACAGCAAAUCCAGCUCCCUGCUUGCCAAAGUCUGUCACGGAGAGGCCAGACCAUCCACCUGCUGGUGGAUGCCCACAUGAGGAGACACCAAGAAGCACUCAGCUUUGGGGUGCUGAGAGGGUGUUCCUGUGCAUGGCUGGAUUGCCUUUGCCUUGUGCUUGCUGCAAAACCAGACUCACAGGGGAGUGCAGAAGUGGGCUGUGGUGGCUCCCAGCAGCAAGGGACUGGCCACCAAAGGCAGGCCACAGGGCAGAUGCCAUAUGUGCAGGGGCACCUUCCGGAAUGGUCCCUUGAAACCACCCUGGGACAUCCUUCCCAGCUGAGGGCAUCCAUCCCAGCCUGUCCAUCUCAAGGGACAUCUGGCUGUACAAGCUGGGGCCCAUGACAGACUGGGCUGAUCCAGCCGCUCUGCCACGUCCACACUGUUCCGAGAUUCUGCAAGAAACCAGGGUCAGAACCCUACCAUGAACCCCUUAGGCCAUGGAAGGCUUUUUUAUCCAGUAGCUCCUAAGGAAUUGUGCUCAGGGCCAGCACUCUAACACAGAGGACAAGGGACACCAGGGGGCUAUGCCCUCCUUGCCCCUUUGGGAUUUCUUCUGCUUGGUGAUGCCACACUGGCUUUUGCACAGACAUCAGACACCCCUGGAGUCCCUGGCUGUUGCAAGGUGGCCUCUGUGGCCAAAUGGUGCUCAUGGCAGCCCCAGAUGUAUUGGGAUGGGGGUCCCAGGUGUAGGUUCUUCUGUUAGCAGCACCACCCUGUGCUCAGCCCUCAUCCUGC